AAUUCAUAACCGGAAGUAAAGUGCGAGAUUUGCUCAAAUGUCUCAAAAACGAAAAACGAAAUCAUGUUGACGAUUCAGAAUUACUACAGCGAUUCUAGUGACACAGAAGAUGAUAAGCCAACGUCAUCAGAUGAUUUCAAUGCCCAUCUUAAGCCACUUGAUUCUGAUAAGAAGUCCAUAACCACAGUAGCUUUAAACGCUGCCCCGGCUAUAGCGACAAAGGAAGAUAUAGAACAGAAAAGACACAUUGGACAUUCUGUGAAAGAAGUAACUUACAAUCCAAAGUAUGAUGAACUGUAUGCACCACAGGUGGGACCUGCCAAUCCAUUUAAAACCCGACAAAUGCAGGCCACAAGGAACACACUCUCAGGGUUUGCUGAGGCAGCCCAUGUCAGUAACUUUGAGUUUGAAAACCAGAGAAGAACAUUUCAUAGUUACGGAUAUGCUAUGGAUCCCUCGGAGGGAAACAGCAUAGUAGCAGAACCAGUGAUGGUGGGGGAUGAAUCUGCUAAUGAUGAAUAUAAAGGUAAAAGCGUUUUUGAAUCUGCAAAGAAAAGGCCUGAGGAUAAAAGGAAACGACAUCGAAAUGACGACCCUGGGGAUAUUGAGGGAUAUUUAGGACCUUGGGGCAAAUUUUUAGAUGAAAAAACAGUGAUGAAACCAAAUGAAGAAGAGAAGAAGGAACUAGAUGAAAUUUUAGCCAAAAGAAGUAAAGCUACAAAACAAACUGAGGAGAAAAGUGCUGAUGAGAAGACCACUCUUCACAUCAAAGAUGCCUACGACUAUCAAGGGAGAUCAUUCUUACACAUCCCUCAAGAUGUCGGGAUCAACCUCAAGUCGGAACAUCCACCAGAAAAAUGCUUCCUGCCCAAGAAACAGAUUCACACCUGGACGGGGCACACCAAGGGGGUUUCAGCGAUUCGUUGGUUUCCUUUGUCUGCUCAUCUUCUGUUGUCCUGCAGCAUGGACUGCAAAAUUAAGAUCUGGGAGGUGUACAAUGAGAGACGGUGCAUACAGACCUAUAACGGCCACAAACAGGCAGUGAGGGACAUCACCUUCAACAACUCAGGGAGCGAGUUCCUCAGCUGUGGGUAUGACAGGUACAUCAAACUGUGGGACACAGAGACAGGUGAAUGCAAGUCUCGCUUUACUAGUCGCAAGGUGCCCUACUGCAUUAAGUACCACCCAGAGGAAGACAAACAGCAUUUGUUUGUGGCAGGAACGUCAGAUAAAAAGAUUGUCUGUUGGGACACUCGGUCUGGCGAGAUUGUGCAGGAGUAUGACAGACAUUUAGGAGCGGUGAACACCAUCACGUUUGUGGAUCAGAACAGGCGAUUCGUGUCCACCUCAGACGAUAAAAGUCUACGAGUCUGGGAAUGGGAUAUUCCUGUGGACUUUAAGUACAUAGCUGAUCCCAGCAUGCAUUCCUGUCCUGCUGUGCAGCUUUCACCGAAUGGUAAAUGGCUUGCCUGUCAGUCUAUGGAUAACAAGAUCAUCAUCUUCAACGUACUAAACAGAUUUAAAUAUAUGCGGAAAAAGACAUUCACCGGACACAUGGUGGCAGGCUACGCUUGUGGAGUGGAUUUUUCUCCGGAUAUGAGCUACUUGAUCUCUGGGGACGCUGAUGGUAAAUUGUAUAUCUGGGACUGGAAAACCACAAAACUGUACAACAAAUUCAAAGCCCACGAUGAUGUGUGUGUUGGGGCGUUGUGGCACCCUCACGAAACGUCGAAAGUGGCCACGUGUGGCUGGGACGGCGUCAUCAAAUACUGGGACUGAGGAUACAAUGUCGUCAUUAGUGAUGGUAGUUUCUUACGUCAGGUGAUGAUGCGAUGUUCAAGGCAGCUGUGUAGGACGCAAUACGUGUGCCGUCUCCCUCGGACACGUGCGAGGAUCAUAAGGGAAAACGGAAAUUAUUGAGAAUUGGCAUUGCAAAUUCAUUACAGUGUAUACAAGAAGGGAAAGAGCAUUUUAAUGGAAUGAAAAGUAAACAACAUUCACUUUUUAUUGUCUGCACUUGAGAUGCAUUACUUUGUCUAUUUAAAAUGUCUUUCAUAAUUUGUAUUUUAUGAAAAUAUAAAGAUGAAAUUUUG